AUGGCGUCUUCGCCCCACUCAAUCGAGGUCCGGACCCCCGGCGACUCACCGCAGCCCACCGCCGUUCUCCUCUCCCCCUCUGUGGUGCACCCUAGCCUCCUGCUCCUCCUCAACAUGGCCCUCGCUGCCGCCAUGGCCUUCGUCCUGCUCCACCCACCCCUCACCGUCGUGACCGUGACGUCCGCUGCCACGUGGGCGCUCUCCAAGCUCCCCAAACCCGUGGUGUUGCUCAUAUCCUUAGAUGGCUUCCGCUUCGGGUACAGGUACAAGGUCCCUCUCCCCCGCAUACGUCGCCUCAUCGCAUGCGCCGGCACUGGCAUCCUCAUCAUCUCCUCCUGCGGUUAG